AUCUGAAAAAUUCGCCUUCCACUAAUAACCCACCCCAGUACAGCUCACUCUCACUCCCUAACAGAAUAAACCACGUCACCCCCUGUAAAAGCCGCACACAACCAAUCACCACUCACUUUCUUAACGCCUCCGCAUCGCCGCCGCAGCGUCACGAGAUGGAAGCGUUCACCGAAGCAUUCACGCAUCUAGCGAAUUCGUCAUCCUCUUCUCUGGAGUUUUUGUUCGAUCGGCUCGUGGAAUCCUCGCCGUCCGAUGAAGCGCAGGCCGAGAUCACUGAGCAGGCGAUUAGGAUCGCCGGAGUGUUGCGCGAGGCUGGAUUGCGAUCGUCGAGGAAGCGCGACGCCGCGCAUAAUUCGCGCGUCUGGCCUUUGUCUGUUGAUCUCACAAUCAAUGUUUUCUGCUGGCUUGACACACUAAGUGUCUGCAAUGCCGCAGCUACAUGUAACUUUUUCCGCAGAUGUUCUUCAGAUCCCCUGUGUUAUGCUAGAAUUGACUUGUUGACAACAGUCCCAAAAGUUGAUAAUCUGGUAGUAUCUACCAUGAUUCAACGAGCUGGUACAGCACUUCGGUCUAUGAAGCUUGGAUUGAUACCAACCCGAAGUGCGUUGCUUGGCUCUUCUCAACCUUUUGUUUACAGUCUGAAGAAUCCUACAUAUGGAUCAGGUACAUCCUGGUAUGAUAGAUAUGAUAAGAGAUCAAGGCAAGUAAAAGAAUCGUGUAUUCUUUCUCGGUCAUGCUUGAAUUCUUUGACUAUUGACGGUGGUGCUCCAGGGGCUGGCUUGAGAUGUUUGCACCUCUAUAAUAUAGAAAGGAUAGAUGAUGCAGCGCUUUCCACAGCAUUAUUUGCCUGUCCUAAUCUCCUCGACUUAGUAAUUGUUGGCCUUGAUGUUGAACUGCGCCAAACUCUGGAGUCAGUGAGCCAGUACUGCCACAUGUUAGAGCGUCUAUAUUUUGAAUCUUCAAACAGAGGUUUAGAUGACAAUUUGCAUAUAUCCCCAACCUGCAAUGCUUUGGUACAGAAUUGUCCUCGUAUCAACUCUUUCUCGCUUAAGGGAUUCAUGCUGGCGGACUCCAAAAUUCUUUGCCUCGUUAAGGGUUUCCGUAAUCUGAGAUCCCUUGACCUUUCCAUGUCGUGCGCAUUAACUGGUGGCUUCUUAAGGAAGCUUGGUGGCAGCCUGCUGGAAUAUAUCUUUUUACGUGAUUGCAUGCAGCUAAGAAAGGAAGAAGUUAAAAACUUUUUUUCUGCAGUUCUUGAUGGGAAUUUCAAACUCCUUAAACAUAUUGACAUAUCAAACCACGAUGGCCUGGCAAUAGAGAAUGACUGGUCACAUAGGUGUUACAGUACAAGUUUCAUUCCCAUAGAUCAAUUAUGCAAGGCAAGGCCCAAUAUCAGCAUACGGGCUGAGUUCCCAAGAUGCAGUUACAUGGAAAUUGAAAGUGACGGAGAUGUGAUUUUUCCUUCACAGCAAAGCUUUCGUAGUUCGGAUGAAUCUUUUUCUAUGAAUUCGGGAGCGGGUAGUGGGAGUGAGGAUAGCCGAGGCACCAGUUCUUUAAGUUAUGUGGAAAGUUCAGAUGAGUUGGAAUUUUUUUCUCAUUAAGGAAAACUCCUCAGUGUACUCUUAGUUUUAAUACUCCUACCCGUCUUUCUACCGUUGAAUUAUUCUAAUAGUUUGGCUCAGUUGAAUUGGGAGUUAGUUGUUUUACCGUUGCCCCCUUACAUAUAUAUUGUUAAAUCUGGGGAAUUCUUGGUAUCACUUUUUGAGAUUGUUCUUACAUUGGUAGAAUACUAGGGUCUCCUAACUAAUAUAUUGUUCAGUGGGGAAUUCUUGGUAUUACUUUUUGAGAUUGUUCUCACAUAAGUAGAAUAUUAGGUACA